UUUGUUGAUUUGUCUUUUGUGGCGUAUGUCGUCCUUAAGUAUACGUAUUCACCUUUUCUGGGGCCAGUAUAAAAGGGAAAAAUACAGCGCGGUCAGGUAUAUAUAUUGUAGUCGCAACCGCUCUGGGAAAUAUCACCGUCAGAAUCACCAUUAACGCAACAAAACCUUAAAAUGGCGAAAAUUGAGCUGAUGCUUGUUGUGGUAGUUGUUGCUGUGUGUGCUGUACAUGCGCAAGAUGAUUUUCGUAAAGAGGGGUUAUGCCCUGAAGUUGUACUGAAUACUACCCACAAUUUCAACGUGAGUUUCGACUGUCUGUCCGACUCGGAGUGCAGCUACGAUCAUAAAUGCUGUCAGCGUCCCGACGGGGCUUACAGGUGUACAGAACCCCUUCCAAACGUGACUAGCACCAUGCGGACAACCACGGCAAAUAAAUUCGUUAAGCCCGGCCACUGUCCCGGUCCCAGGUUCACUUUUGGAAGACGCUGCCCUGGCGGGCAAACCUGUUCCAAUGACGGGGAUUGUUACGGGAACAUGAAGUGCUGCAGUAGGUUCAGCUACGACGAAUGCCCUUCGGUCUGCAGAUACCCGGACUCCAACACCACCAUGAGCAGCAUGCGACCGGUGUCUCCGUCAUUCAAGCCGUCAAGCAAACCUCACCGCGAUCAACCAGGCUCUUGUCCCAGCGACUAUGGGAAAUACCAUGAAUCCUAUGAAUGGUACGACGACGUCACCUGCAAAAACCACUGUAAUAGCACUGAUGACUGCGCAGAGGGUGAACUGUGCUGCAUUGAGGAAUACAUCUUGGAAAUGGAACACGAUGACUAUCGCAAACGUCGGCAAGCAGACGGCUCCAGGUGCCCCGUUUGCAUGAAAGCUAAACUCGAUUGUGACAGUGAAUAUGGGACGACAUACAAACAUGGCCAGCUAUACAAAAGAGCUUAUGAUGACUGUUAUCUCUGUCAGUGCUACUACGGACAAACCAGCUGCUAUAAUGUAUGUGGUUAUGAUGACGACGACGACAUCUGGUAUGAUGGCCUCUACAUGCCACAGGCCUGGAUUGCUGCAGGCGUGGCCGCUGGUACUGCUCUGCUCAUCAGUGUGAUCUUCACUCUGUCCGUGUGCUGCUGCCUGAAGUGUUGUUGCAAAGAUAAACAGCAGACCAUUGUGGUGCAGCAACAACCUCCCAUGGCACAACAACCCGGCAAUGCCUACUACAUGUCUCCUCCCAGAGAAGAGAAACUUCUCCUGGCAGACAACGGUUACACCACGGCUUAAAUAAGGGGUGAUGCAUGGCAAAAGCUGGUACAAAUAGCUGUAACGCAAUUAAUAGUUGGUGAGCUCCAAACAGCUGGAAUAGAUUAAUGCACGCUUUAUACAGACAAAUAUUGCUGUUUUCAGUGUUCUCAUUGACGAUAUUGUACGUAGCUUCGUUUGGGAUAUAAUCAAUUAUUUCAACUUAUCGAUUUGAUAAGUUGAAAUAAGGGAAGAAUCCAAAAAUAAACAAGGGGUAACUCCAGGUUGUACCUCAAGGUAACCAACAAACCCUGCUAAACCUCGGUAAAACCUCGAGGUAAACCUCAAGUUACCGCCUGUUUAAUUUUUGCAUUCUCCCCUAAGAUAUUUUGUACAGAAUUUUGCUCUUGCGUGGAAUACUGAACUUGUUUAAAGUUGGUCAGUUCAGAGACUAUAGUCUAAGUAGUGUUGAGUGUGUUGGUGGUUUUUGUGGGAUGUCCUUCGUUUCUAAUGAAUGAGGUUAUUGUCUUGUACUAUAGCUACCCAGUCCUAUAAUUGUAAAUAUCACUUUACUUUUAGAACGAAAGAUGAACUAUAUUUGAUAAUUCAAUAUUUAAGAAUUCCAUCCUUGUUAUCAACUUCUAAUGUACAAAACAUUUUCCAUUUGGGAGGUGUACCGAACUGUAUGCUAAUUAAACACACUCGGGGCAGGAACAACGUAAAUUUAAUUCUCACUUGCUUUUCAAGUUUCCAAUACAAAACAGGUUUAAUUAAAAUUGCUCAUAAUUGUCCUGCUUCAAAAAGUAAUUCUUCAUUUUGUGCAAAGAGGCAUCUCGCUGAUACAAAUUAAUAACAUCCGUAUUGUCAAAAAAGAUUCACGAAAAACAGAUGUGUGUGUCUUGAAGAAACAAAGCUUUGUGUUAAUACAUCAGUAAGUAAGUUUGAGGAGCACUCCAAAUAUUGUAAAUAUUAUGACAAGUCUACUGUCUGCAUUUGCAACGACUGGAUUUCUCUAACUUACUAAAUUUGCAGAGUUACAUUGUACGAAUAACAUUCAGAACGAGAAGAACAAAGA